GCGAUUUCAACAAGAGUGCAUUUUGCACCAAAAAGACAACUAUGAGAGUUUCUCAUGGUAACUACCGCAGUAUAGUUUGUUCUAAUAGAACAUUUAAGUGGCGAUAAAUAUUGCCUCUCGGUAUUAAUACUACCACUGUUCGCUAAUAUAUUUCUUUCUGCUUCUAUUUACUAUACGGAUGAGUGGAGAUACUAGAAAAAUACCUGACAUUUAGAAAAUGGAAAUUGAUUUUCCUACAAUGUUUCAAAAACCCGAUAUUCUUCCCAUGUUUGAAUUUGAGUGGGAAGAGUUUAUUGAAAAGCAGAAAAAAUUGCUCCAAGGAGAAAUGUGGAUAUAUGACAAAAAUGAAUUGGUGUUUAUUAACAAUAAAAUGCUUGGUAGUUAUGAUGAUCUUUUGUACUGGGCUGAUUAUAAUAAAUUUUAUGACAACAACUUACCAUAUACAUUGUUUGCUGCAUUAGUCGAAGAGGAUUACAGAAAUGAAUUGAUCAAGAGAAAUCAUGAUUUUAUCUACAUGUACAUCAGUAUCGAUGACAUAGAAUCUGGAUUUUUCCUAAUUGAGUUGUUCAAUGACAUUCUUCCAAAAACAUGCGAAAAUUUCAAAACAUUAUGCGUUGGAAAUACUCCCAUGGCACGUGACCCACAGAGAAAACUCACUUAUGAAAACUCCUUUUUCCACAGAAUUGUACCAAAUGGAUGGAUUCAAGGAGGAGAUGUGUGCUAUGGUCGUGGUAAUGAUGGAGAGUCUAUAUAUGGAGGCGAAUUUGAAGAUGAAAAUUUUUGUGUACCUUUCAACAAACGGGGCAUGCUAGGAAUGGCUAACCAUGGACGGCAUACAAAUGCUUCCCAAUUUUUUAUAACUUUAGUAGAAACACCUUGGAUGAAUCAUAAAUAUGUUGCCUUUGGUCAACUUCUUGAAGGCACUGAGCUUCUGCAGACAUUAGAAGAACAAGAAACAUUCAACGAGAGACCCAUCAAACCUAUAAGGAUCCACAAAUGUGAGACAUUUAAUUUUAAAGAGGCUAUUUGCUAUACGCCACUAUCUAACAUGUCGGGAAGCAUUCUGUCUGUUGCAAAAGAGGACGAAGAUUCUGAAGAGGAACAUACAUCAGAUGAACAAGAAAACACAGCAGAUAUACCAGAAAAGGAAACAGAUGAACUAGAAAAUAUUGUAGAUGUAACAGAAGAUGUAGUAAAUAUACCAGAAGAUGCAGUAAAUGCACCAGAAGUUGAAGCUGAUGCACCAGAUGAUGAAGUAAAUGUGCCGGAUGAUGUUUUAGUUGCACUUGAAGAUGUAGUAAAUGAACCCCAAGAUGAGGAAAAAGUUGAACCAGAUGAAAAAGAAAAGAUGUCUCCGACAGAAGACUCCAAGGAUAUAUAAACUUCUUAUUUUGCAUAAGCAGAUAUAAAAGCACACUCACACAUGUAUGUGCACACAAAAUAUGUGUGUAUGCACGUACUCACACAACGCAACACUGUAUUUGUAUGUUGUGUGUGUGUGUGUGUGUGUGAACUCAUGUUUGUGGUUAUGAGUGUGUGCAUAAAUUUGUUUAUAUACAUAUGUGUGCGUGUGUGUGUGUGUGCAUGUAUAUAUAUAUAUAUAUAUAUAUAUAUAUAUAUAUAUACACACAUAUAUAUGUAUGUAUAUAUAUAUGUGUACAUAUAUAUAUAUAUGUAAAUGUCGAAUAAUGAGAAUAAGUGCUCAACACUGCAUCUUUAUUUGUGUAUUUAGGGUGCAAUUGGUUUCAUGUUAAGAAAAAUAUCUUUAUAUCUUAACAAUAUUUCAAGCUGACCACAUGGAGAUGAACACCAUUCUUCCAUGUGAUCAGCUUGAAAAAUUAUUAAGAUUUUAAGAUAUUUUUUCAUAAUAUGAAACCAAUGGUAACCUUAAUAGACCAAUAGAGAAAUAGUUGUGUAUUGUUGCAGAAGACUAAUGUUAAUAAAUCAAGUAAUGGAGUUGUUAUGUGGUAGUUGUAAAAAUGCGAUGCUGUAUAAGCGGAGACAGUAUAUGAAUACAGGAUAUGUGUGAUAACUGAAGUGUAGAAUAUAUUGAGUUGUAUUCAUUCUAUGUACUGUGUUUAUACAGGACGUAUAUUAAAAAUACAAGGGUGCUGUAAAAGCAUUUGGUCUUUAAA